UUCUGUCGAUUUCGGCAAUGUAGGAAAUGGCGUUGUCAGUACUUAAUGUCAGUAAUGUGUUGUGUUAUUUAUGAAUUGCCUUGUAUAGUGUGUACGAUUUGUUAUUGAGUCAUUGGAGAGGUAGAGAUACCAUGUCUCAGUUCGGAGCAACAGCCAAGAAUCCACCAUGGGUUAGGACGACAGCUCAAACGAUGGCUACUGGUGUGACGCAGCAGCAACAGCAGCUCCAAACGCAGAUGAUGGGGCAGACUGCUAUGGUUGCCAACCCGACCAUGGUUCAGUAUCAGCAGCCACAACAAGUCUUCCAGACACCGAUGGGAAUGCAACAGGCUGGAAUGACCAUGACAUCAAUGACAGGGGCAAUGGGUGCUACAAGUGUUGCUAUGCCAACAACACUUGGAGGGACUCAGAUGUUCCCGCAGGUGGCUACAGUGAGCUACCCAACACCACGGGCACUAAACCCAACAGCUUUCCAGACUGCUGCUACAGUUGCUGCUGUGCCACCAGUCCCUCCAGCAACCCCAAACCCAUCACCCAAACAGAGGGUCUUCACUGGUACUGUUACAAAAGUUCAUGACAAUUUUGGAUUUGUUGAUGAAGAUGUUUUCUUUCAGACAAGUUCAUGUGUGAAAGGGUCAAACCCAGUUGUUGGAGACCGAGUGUUGGUGGAAGCCUCGUACAAUCCCAACAUGCCAUUCAAAUGGAAUGCUACUAGGAUUCAGGUCCUGCCUAUGACAGGUGCCCCUGCGGCACGUGCCCAGAAUACUCUUCCCAAGGGUUUCAGUGCUACUGCGCAGAACAGUUACAAUGCAGUUCCACCUCCAGAUGAAAACUCUGGAAGCAGUUUUGGGCGAAGCAGCCGUAAGGCUAGUGUGGGCAGUGGGCGCAGAGAACGCUCGAAAGAACGGAGUCGUGAAGCAGAGGAAGAUGAAGCAGAAAGGAAGAAAAGGAGAGAAGAAAGGGCAAGGGAACGAGAGGAGAAAGAAAAAAGAAGUCCCUCAGUUCGUCGCCGUAGCAAGAGUCCACGUCCGGCACCAAGAAGAAGAGCUAGGAUAGUUCCUCGCUACAUGGUGCAGAUCCCCAAGAUUGCUCUUGACAUGCCUGAAGCUGAUGUUUUGGAAUUGCGAAGGCGUUACUCAAACAUGUAUAUUCCAUCAGACUUCUUUUCUACCAAUUUCCGCUGGGUUGACGCGUUCCCACCUCAUAACCCAUUCACCCUGGACCAGCCUUGCUCAUUUCAUGUGAUGAACAAGGAGGUGGAUGCAGUGUUAGAAAAUCUGGCUGUACUGGAGCCUCCAGAUGCUGACUAUCUUUUCUCUGCCAAAGUGAUGCUGAUGAGCAUGCCCACUAUGGAAGAAAUCUUCAGAAAGUGCUGUGCUCUGGCUGAAGACAAAGAAAGUAAAGAUUCAUCGGACGAUGCUCGGGACUUUGUUCAUCCAACACGUCUUGUCAAUUUCCUGGUUGGACUGCGGGGGAAGAAUGAAACCAUGGCUGUUGGUGGACCAUGGAGCCCAUCUUUAGAUGGACAAAACCCAGACAAGGAUCCAUCAGUUCUUAUCAAGACAGCCAUCCGAACCUGCCAAGCUCUUACAGGCAUUGAUCUCUCUCACUGCACACAGUGGUAUCGGUUCCUGGAGAUAUACUACCGGCGAGGCGAAUCCACUCACAAAGGGCGUGUGGUGCCAGCGCGGGUUGAAACAGUGGUACUAUUUCUCCCAGAUGUUUGGAGCUGUGUUCCUACACGCCUGGAGUGGGAUGGCCUUCAUCUCAACUACAAGAAACAACUGGAACGGAAGCUGAAGGCAGACCAGGAUGGCACAGAUGGAGCUAAUGCAGAUGAAAAGGAAGGUGAAGAAAAUGCGAGUGAGAUCAAGAAGGAACCAACACACUUCUCUGAGCUGGAUCCUAAGGGCAUGAAGGUGAAUGAACUUCGACAGGAGUUGGAGGCACGCACCUUGAGCCCAAAGGGGCUGAAGUCUCAGCUUAUAGCUCGGCUCACCAAGGCUAUCAAGACUGAAGCGGAGAAGGCUGAAGAGGAGGAAGUGAAGAAGGGGGAUGAUCCUGAGCCUGUACCCAAACAGGAGUUGGAAGACAAAGAUGAUGAGAAAAAGAAGAAAGAGGUAAAGGAGGAGGAAAAAAGGAAGCAGGAUGAACGAGAGAGAAUAGCCAGGGAGAAGCGAUAUGCAUUGCCAGAAUCUCCUCAUAUUGUGGUACACCCCUCACGCACAGCCAAAUCAGGGAAAUUUGACUGUACUGUUAUGUCUCUGUCCCUACUACUUGAUUAUCGACCAGAAGACACUAAGGAACAUUCUUUUGAAGUUUCUCUCUUUGCUGAGCUGUUCAAUGAGAUGUUGAUGAGAGACUUCGGAUUUCGAAUAUAUCGUGCUUUGAAUGAUGCUCCUGAGCGUGCCAAAGAAGAUGAGAAGGAUAGGAAGAAGGAGCGUGACAAGAAGGAUGAAAAGGACAAAAAGGACAGGAAAGAUGAUAAGAGAGAUGAUAAAAAGAAUGGCAAGAAAGAGGACAAGGAUGAAAAGAAAGAAGACAAAGACAGGAGAGAUGAUUCUAAGAGUAAAAGUGAUGAAAAGGAGAAAGAAAGAGAGAAAAAUGAAGAUAAGGAUGAUGAAGAUGAGGAAGAGGAUGAAGAUGAGGAAGAUGAAGAUUCAAAAGACAGCAAAAAAGAGAAAGAACGAGAUGAUAAGGACAGAAAGAGAGACAAAGAUAAAGACAAAAAGAAGAAGGAACGAGUGAAGCUGUAUACAGAGGAUCCACAUCUGUUGUUAGCAUUUGUAUAUUUCGACCAGUCACAUUGUGGGUACAUAUUUGACAAGGAUAUUGAGGAACUUCUUUACACACUGGGUCUGAACCUCUCCAGAGCACAGGUACGAAAACUAGUCCAGAAGGUGGUGACGCGGGAUUCCCUCCAUUACAGGAAACUCACAGACAAACCACGAGCAAAGGAGGAGGACAGUAAGGAUAGUGACAGAAUGAAAGAUGCAGCAAAAGAAAAGAGUAAAGAGAAAGAUCCCGCAGCAGGAGAAGCAUUGGCAGCUCUUGCUUUUGGUAAUAAACGACUGCUGCCAGUGUUUUCAGCAGGUGGCUCUCCACCAUCAAAACGAGCAAGGAAAGACCCAGAAGAUCCUCCCAAGGACAAACCAACAGUACCUGAUGGGUUUGUGCUAUACAAAGGAGGACUUUUGGAUGUGGAGAAACUGAUGGGCCAGCUGAAGCGAAGCGAGAAGGCUCGGACUGACACAGAGCAUAAGAUGCUCAUUUUGAAGGAGGAGCUCACUGGACUGAAAGAAACUGCAGCAAAGUCUGCCAGUACAGUGAAAGACCUAUCACUACAACUUCAGGAUUACAAGGAGAAGUUACGCAUUACUGAUCAGGACCUUGUUGAAAUUAAGAUGAAUGCUGAGACUUACUUUGCUACGCUGCGUGAAAUCCAAGAGAAGAUAGCACCUGUGGUGAACACAGGAGAUAUUCAAGUAGUUCAGAUGGACAGUAGGGAUAUGAAAGAGGAAACAUCUGAUGUCAUGGUGAAGCAUGAAAAUCAGCAUGAGAGUCGAUGGGGUGAUAAGGUGGACCAUCAAGAUGAGAAGAAGAAGAAGGUUGAAACAAUAAAAAGUGAAACUGCAAUGGAGUGUAACUGAACUGUGUUUGAGUGGUUGUGUUGCCUUCUUCCUUCGAGCUACUCAACAGAAGAUCUGGAGAACUUUACCCUUGUUUGUUACUUUCUUUGUUUUUAUUUAUAACUGUAAAAGGCACAGUAUUUUCUAAUAUUAAAUGGAGGACUAUUACAAAUGAAUUUAUAACUUUCAAAAAUAUGUUGUGAGUAAUAUAAACAAGUUACAGAAUUAACAGUAACAUUUCUUAGGGACAGUAGCCUAAAAAUGUUGUUCUCAUUUUAAAAAUGUUCAAUUUGAGCUCCACAGAUAAAACCCUUAGAAUAUCUAAAUGAUAUUUAAACUUAUCCCAUGCUUAUUGUAAAGGUACCAUCAUCAGUGGUGCAACAGUAUGAUGCAUCCUGAUCUUUAGCUCUUACAGAUUUGCUGGAAGAAGUAAAGUAAAAAAAAAAAAAAAAGUAAAGCUAUCCCUGUGCCAGGCCGUGAAAGCCCAUAGGGUUAUGAGACAUUGAGGGUCCCACAUUAUCUAAAACUUUAUUUCAAAAGAACAGUAGGUGUCAGAUCUGGGUAUCAUGGAGUUCAUACCUCUAUGAUCAGUCCAUUGUCCAAGCAGUGCUUUUUUGUGUAUAACUCCUGUUACAGUGUUGUGAUGGUGUGGUGAUACACUGUCUGAUUGGAAAAUUAAUAUUCUUCCAAAGUCAUGAUCAGCCUGAGGCAUCAGCUAGUUUUCCAGAAUGUUUAAUUGGUCUUUCAGCAAAACAAAUAACACAUUGCACACUUUCAAAUUGGUUCACCAUUUUGGAUAAUUCAUAUUUGGAGCCCAGUAUAAUGAUUUGGUAAUUACUGUUAACAAGUAACAAAACAGAGACUGUCCAAAGUAACUUUCACCCUGAGACUGUUACAUUUGUGCCACUUGUAGUUUACUUACAGGAAGUAAUUGAAAGUUUAUUUCUUAUGUAAUAAUUGUGUAUUGUUAACUCAUUCAGACCUGCAGCUGGCAAUUCGCAAUGCAGUCACCUGGUUAAGCGUCCGUGGUUGGAAAUUUCUGAUAAAAUGCAUUUAUAGUAAGCAUUUGUUUGGAUAGUUUAUGUCACAGUCAUUAGAUGGACUUACAGCAUGUUAGGAAGUCUCAUGGAAAUAUUACUUCAGGGUGUUCAGAAAAGUUAGGUUGCAAAAACUUCCCUUUUAGUUAAUAUGGCAGGGCUGCAAGAGUAGUCUGAAAUUUCAGCUGCAUCUGAAUGUGCUGAGCAUUUUGAAUGUACCAUUUGUGUUACCUGAAAGAUGUUUUAUAAUGACCUGAAUGAGAACUAAUUUUAAGAAUUAAUAUGGUACAAAAAUUCCUUUAUUAAAAGAAAUUACUCAAGAAGAUGUGAAACUGAAGUAA